AUGGCGGACGAACCAUCUCUGCCGCGGCUACCGGCGAUAUCCUGGAACGAGCACACCCAGAGCUUCAGCAAUAACCCGAGGAAACGCGGUCGAGCUAGGCGGUCGUCCAACGCAACACCACUCUUCAACAAUUCAAGCGAUCCCGCAGUCUUCUCGAGCGACGAUGAUCCUGCUCUCGACAAUUACGUCGAAGGCAGGCGCAAGAAGCGAUACGUAGGAACCUGGUUCCAGCAGCAGCCGGCGUCCGAUUCAUCUUUCGAAGUCGAAGAAUCCAGACCUUUGCCAAAGCCGAAGAGAACCCUCAAACGACAACUCGACAGUGGUGUCUGGAUGGGAAGCGACAGCACGGAUGGGGAGGAGAUGCUUGAGGAGUUGAGCCUGCCGCUGCAGCCAAAGCUGCCUCAACUGAACCGAACACCCAUUCAGAGGCCAACCUUGUCUGCCGCCGAACGUCUUGCCCGAGAGAAGAUUCAAAAAUGUCUCGACGAAGGAGAUGAGGAUGUGGAUUUGUCUAUGAUGGGUCUUGAGAGCCUGUCGAACGCGACCAUCGCACCUCUGGCCGAACUCGUCCCAAUACCCCUUGUUGCCGAAGACGUUCCAUUCGAGCAAAAGGAUCCUUCGCUGAAGCUUUUUCUGUUCGGCAAUCCUCUAUUCCUCGUCCCAGGAGCGAUCUUCGACCUUCAACACUUAACCGUGCUAAGCCUGCGUGGCUGCGGCCUUCGGGAACUGCCAGCUGCAGUUGCAAAGCUUUCUCAGCUAGAGACGCUCAAUCUUGCUCAAAACUCAUUAAGGCACCUCCCGGCCGACCUCUUGAACCUACUAGCUGCGCCAGGGAAGCUCAAGAAUAUGCAGCUGCAAGGCAACGACUUUUACCGGCCGCGUGGCCUCCCACAGGACAUUCCAGAUGGCGCCAGCAUCCGUCAUCCAGCGUACGAGCCGGAUAAUGAAGCAAAGAACGAGUUCGAGAAGCAAGAAGACCGCUUAAUCACGAGAUUACCUGCCCAAUUCGAGGGCGUGUGUGCCAUGUACCUCGCAAGAUCCGCGGUGCAGUUUUCCGAUACCUCGGGUUUCAUAUACUCUGACUUCCGCUUGGACGAACAUGAUGAGGGCAUUAUUCAAAUCGACGAAUCCGAAGCCGACACGAUUUCAGCAUGUCCACCAUCCUCGGCGCCGUACCAGUCAAAAUCAACGGGCAGGAGCAUUGACACUUCAAAAGCAACUCGCGUGCCAAGCCUCCUGGAGCUGGCGGCACGGAGCUGCUACCGGAGUUCCGACCUGGAGGAGUUGAAACACUAUCUUCCGGAAAGUCCGUCCCACAUGAGGGACUUGCUUGACCGUGCGGUGAUGCAGAGGAGCAUUGGUGGAUAUGAGUGCGCACGGUGCAAGAGGACACUAGUCAUGCCCUCCACACAAUGGCUGGAGUGGUGGCGCGUGUCACAAGUUAGGGCGCUGUCGACGCCGACGCUCGAAGGACAGGGCGCGACGUUUGUUCCGUGGUGCUCGGAUCCAGACGAGCAGGGCGUGCCGUUCCUGCGGAUGGGCUGCUCAUGGAAGUGCGUGCCCGAAGAGAGGAGGAUUGGAGCGUGGGCACUCCGAGAUGACCAGAUUGAGUGA